GCUUGCAGAAAAUGGGCAUUUCUGUGGCGCUGAUCAAUCACAACCUGCGGUCCCAGUCUCUUCUGCGCAGCGUUCAAGCAACACAGCCCAGUCACCUCAUCGUUGGCGCAGACGGAACUUUAUUACAAGCCGUAACAGCAAUUCUGGAUAAACUGAAACCUCACAACGUUCAAGUGUGGGCAUAUGGACUGGGGUUCGACCCGCAACCGUCAGAUAUUCACUCCCUUGAUCUUUUCUUCCUUGAAGCUCUAACCUCUGCCAUCUCACCAGUGGUCAGAAGGGGAAUCUCCACCAGUGAUGUCUGUUGCUACAUUUUCACAUCUGGCACUACAGGCCUGUACAUGAUGUACUGGAAUAAAAAUAUGGGAAUGUAUUACACUGUAACGUUUCUGGAAGAACCACUAGUGCUGAGCGAUUUUGAUGCAAUUCUCUACUACCAAGAUAUUCCACUUCCUCUUUGGGCAAAGCACAUGAUCGGCUACGCCACACGGCGACGCAAGGUUGAUUUCUUCGCCGACUGCUUGGGAUUGUCCGUUCUUAGCCCAUACAUUUUGUUUCUGAAAUCAUACCGCGAAGACCUUUUUUUCUUUCCUGCAGGUGCAGCAGUUGUGAUGCGCCGCAAGUUCUCAGCUUCUCAUUUCUGGUCGGACUGUAGACGUCACAAUGUAACAGUCGUGCUUUAUAUCGGGGAGCUAUUCCGCUAUCUACUAGCACAGCCGCAGAGCGAGCUCGACUCCAAGCACUCGGUGAGAGCAGCAUUUGGCAACUGCCUUCGUCAAGACAUCUGGCCAGAGGUAGAAAGACGCUUUCGUAUUCCUCAAAUCAUGGAGUGCUUCGGAGCUUCUGAAGGGACUUCUACAUUUGUGAACGCCACAGGGAAACAAGGAGCUGUGGGACGGCUGUCUCCACUGUUGGUGGGCACCAUGGUUUUUAACGUGUCUGUCACCCACCACGACAUACUAAUUCACAUGCUUCUUUUAUUCCAAUCAUUAUACAACGAUGACAAAGCUCUUGUCAGAUUCGACUACGCAACAGCGGUGCCACUACGGGAUGAAAAUGGGCGCUGUAUAAAAGUGAACAUAGGAGAGCCUGGGCUGUUCUUGUCUAAAGUUCCACCUCCGGAGUUGAAAAGUGGUACUUAUGACAUUUACCACGGAUCAGUUUCAGACAAUGAGAAGAAAUUGGUCCGAAACGCAUUCCAAGAAGGAGAUGUGUACUUCAACUUUGGCGAUGUGCUUUUCAUGGAUAAGGACUACUGGGUAUAUUUCCACGACAGGAUCGGAGAUACAUUCAGAUGGAAAGGAGAGAACGUCUCCACAUCGGAAGUAUCCAACGUGAUGACUUCUCUGUCUUUUGUAUAUGACGUCUACGUCUAUGGCGUCAAAGUCCCAGGGCACGAUGGCAGAGCGGGAAUGGCUUCUGUGACCAUGAAUGAAGGCCAGAGUCUGGGAUCAAAGGAGCUACUGAAAUUAUACGACCACGUGAUGGUGGAGCUUCCCAACUACGCAAGACCUUUGUUUUUGCGAAACUUAGGGCAACCAGUGGUUACGAACACUUUUAAACAAUACAAAGUGGAACUCAUCCUUGAAGGCUACGAUCAAAAUAUAAUUCCAGACCCUUUGUUUUUCUUGGAUCAUGAACAUUCCACUUACAGUACGCUGACGCAGGGACAUCUGUCUAAACUCUUUUCCCCCAAGCUAUGAUUUCUUAGAUUUGAUAAAGAAAGAUACUCGGGUUUGGGAUCAGUACUUGAUGGGCACACAAUCAGACCUCACUUUCCCUGGAGGGUACGUUUUAAAAAAGUUUUAAUGCUUUCUAGAUAAACAAAUGAUUUUCUUCACUUCAUGUUUCUUCAAGCGCACUGGGUUGUUUCUUUUAACAAGCGGAACUCUUUGCGCACUACAUGUACAAGCAAGACUCCUAACAGCCACUAACAUACUGAUUCUUAGAACCCAAAAACAAAACUACAGGAUCAGGUCUACGCCAGCAUUCCCUUUUUUCUGCUUUUUCUCCAUGCAUGGAACGAACUCCCACAUGAAAAUUAGGAGUACCCCUAAUAUUCAGAUUUAUUUUUUAAAAAAACAACCAGCUGAAGCAUUUCAUUCGCCAAUGCAUACUUGUCAUAACGGUAAAUUGUUAGUUUUUCUAGUACAUGCAUGUGCGUGCCUGACGGUGAGACUGAGGAAUAGUGAGA